UGUUCGGACUCGAGUCGCGAACUAACGCGGCCCGAUUUCGUGCUCGUCGCGAGAUACCGCGCGCGCGGUCGACGCGUACCUGAGAGGAACGUCGCAAACUCUCCGUGCGUGCGUCCGGUUUUGUCCCCCCCGCCGUACCGCACGCGUUGUGCCCUGGUCCACGGUGUGUUACGUUCGGUGAUACCAGCGACACACGUUCGUUUAGGAAUCGGAGAUCGUUCGAUCGUCGUCGUUGUCCACGCGGUGAUCGAGUCCGCGCGGCGAGAUCCAGACCAGAGAGGAUUCAGAGGCGUGCGCGGUUCGGACGCGUCUCGGGACCUGUGCAAGGAGAGCGGGAAACGCUCGUCAAAUGAACGGACCAGCCUCGGACGGUCGCGGGCAAGAGAAAGCAGCCUCGUCGACGCGUCGACGCAGAGUGUCGAGGAUCCGCGACGACCCGUCGUCCGUCCAGUGGUCGUCGGCCGCGCGAACUCGCCCCGGCGGUGCUCGAGCGAGCGCGUUCUCGCUCGCGCGAGCGGCGCGCGACUCGCGUAGCCGCCAUCGUCCUCGUCGGCGCACCCGCAACUAGAUUUCCUCGGCGAGGAACAGAAACGUUAGCGUCUCUGAGGAUCGUCGUCGGUGAGAGCGAAGGACGAACGGAUUGCAUCCACCGCAGAAGAGGAUGGAGUCGAGGACGCCGUUGGCCCUAGCUCUGACCCUGGCCUUGCUGUCGUCGCUCGCAAGAUGCAACGCCUCUGAAAGCAUAAUAGGGAGCCGGGAGACGUGCGAAGUCGAGGGAGAAGAUUUCACCGUCGACAAGAUCCCGAACACCAAGUGCUUCAACUGCAUAUGCAAGAACGGCUUCGUCGAGUGCAGGAAACAGCACGAGUGCCCCAGCAUCGAGGGCUGCUACACACUCCUGGAGCCGAGGGAGGACGAGUGUUGCCACAGGUGUAAAGGAUGCUUAAGGAACGGCGUGUACCAUGAGUCCGAGACCGAAUGGACGGAAGGGAAUGACCCGUGCCGGGUAUUCACCUGCAAGGCCGGCGUCGUCACCGAAUCUCGGCUACACUGCUACACGCCCUGCUCGAAGCCGAUACCCGCCCCCUCGGGCCAGUGCUGUCCUGUUUGCGCUGGCUGCCACGUGAACGGACAGGUAGUGACCGCGGAUAGAUCCGUAACGACCACCGAGGACCCGUGCGUGACUUGCAGGUGCAACGCGGGUCGGCUGAUCUGUGCGAAGCGUGCCUGCCCGGUGCUGCACUGUCCAUCCUCGAGGAUCGUUCGCGACCCAGGCGAGUGCUGUCCCCGGUGUAAAGGUAGCGGAAGAUACAUGUCGCCGCCGAAAGGCGCGUGCAUGCUCGGUACCAACAUCUACAAUACCGGCAAGCAGUUCUUCGCAGACCAAUGCACCCGAUGCAGCUGCUCGAACUCGGCGGUGACCUGCGUCAGAGAGACGUGUCCGGUCCACGACUGUCCCAGCGAGCAUCAGAUCGCACUGCCGGGUCGCUGUUGUCCACAGUGUCCAGAGAUCGAGGAGGUUCGACCAUCGUGCACCUACGCCGGCAAAACCUACGGGGAUGGCGAGACUUGGAAGCUUGAUUCGUGCAAAGCUUGUGCCUGUACGCAGGGCAAGGUGAGGUGCGUGAUGCCGAUGUGUCCGACGUUGAACUUACCCUGCCCGCCGAACUCGAGGCUGGAACACCCGGAGGGCCAGUGCUGUCCACGCUGCGUCGAAAGCGACGGCGUGUGCACCGUUUUCGGGGAUCCGCAUUACCGCACGUUCGACGGCAAGUUUUACAGUUUCAAGGGCGCCUGCAAGUACCAGCUGGCUAGUGACUGUGCCGGUCACACGUUCAGCGUCCGAGUGACCAACGAUGCGAGGUCGACGAGGUUCUCUGCGUGGACCAAGACGAUUGCUAUCAAGGUCGGCGACUUGAAGAUAAAUCUCGGGCAGAAGAUGCGCGUCAAGGUGAAUGGGAAGAAGGUGGAGGUGCCGUACCGAGUGGCUAACCGGCUGGAGGUGAACCGAACGGCAGACAGUAUAGUGGUAGCCACGCAGAUCGGGAUCAAGGUCUUGUGGGACGGAAUCAGCUUCCUGGAAGUGUCGGCGCCUACGUCGUACAGAGGUCGGUUGUGCGGGCUCUGCGGCAACUUCAAUUCGCUGCCGAAGGACGACUUCGAGAAUCGAAAGGGCCGGGUGAUGCAGGACCCUCAACAGUUCGGUCAAUCGUGGGCGGUCGGAGCCAAGAAAAGCUGCGUGCGACCGCGACCGGCGGCUAAUCUGGAUCGCGACAGACGUUGCAGAGGCCGAAAAGAUCACCGGUUGUGCAACCGACUGAGAUCACAGAUCUUCGACGCCUGCCACAAGAAAGUGAACCCGACCAUGUACUACAAGGCCUGCUUGCAAGACAUGUGCGAGUGUCCCGGAGAGAACUGCUACUGCGAGUCAUUCACCGCGUACGCGCACGAGUGCAAGAGACUGGGCAUUCAGUUACCACACUGGCGGAAGUCGACCAGGUGUCGUACCGGCUGGGACCAGGCGGCCGCGGGUUCCUCGUUAAUCGGCCCCCGAUCCCCAUAAGAGUUUUGCAUCGAAUUCGCAUCGAUUCGUGUCGCGUGGUCGCACGUUCACCGCCUCCGCAGUCUCGAACGCGCAUCCUCUCGACUUUGAUCAUCGGGGACGGUAACCAUCCGUACCAUCCGUGGAGUCGAAGCGCGAGAUGUUCGCUCGACGAGAGUGUCCGUUCUACUAGUCACCCCUUCCCCUGGAGAGAUCGAGAUCUCGGACAGAGAUCAAUGACGACCGUCGAUCGUCGACCGCCCACGGGAACGGGAAUCAUCGCGGAAACACGACCCGCGACCUUCUUCGACGCCCAAAACGGUUCCGGAGCACCGUGCAGUAUUUCGGCCGAUGAGCAGGCUCGCGGCAUAGCAUCUACCUAUCGAUCCUCCGUUUCGUCCCCUUCUAGACUUAAGAGAAGCGUCCCCCAGCGUCCUCGUACAGGGUAUUCCGUGUGUGUAUUCCGAGUGAGCGAACCCGAACUGUUUUCCAUCGGAACCUCGAACCACGCUUUCCGGUCCGCGAUCUUUAACCUAUGGAAUAAAAUCACCUUUUGUUAAUGCCAGCGAAAAACGUAACGAUACAGGACCAUGUUUUUUAUACUUUCGUAAACGCGGCCCCUGCAACAGCGGCUACAGUCUUUGCAUCAACGGAGGGAAACUUACGCACAAUGAACAUUGGUUUCCGUUUUAAAGUGUUGUAAAGUCCUUCUCGCAUUCACCACAAUUGUCUGUACUCGUUUCUGUAUUUAAAAUGUUUUAUUGCAUCGAUGUUGUUAAAUUUUUACUACUUUCUGACGGCUGGACAAAUUUCAAUAUGGCCGGUGUGGACCGUAAAGCAUUACCCUUGACAAACCGACUCACCGAUCACGUGUACAUAGACGCACCGCGUCCCUUUUCUACGAUCACUCUCCUUCGUUCACUUCUCACCUUUCUUCGCUUCGCUUUCCACAACCUCUCUUCCUCCUUCGAGUCUCAUCCUUGAACUUCCUCUCCGUUUCUUCUUUUCUUCCGACGUUUUCCGGAUUUAUCUUAUCUGUUUCCCUCGUAGAGUACAGAGCGCGAGGAUGAACGCACACACCCUCGCGUCCACGUGUGUUGGAUUCUCUGUGUGUGUCUGUGUGUGUGUGUGCACCGUGUCGAUGUAACCGGCAAGAUUUCGUGGAGGUAACCACAAAUAUACUGGAUAGUCCAAAGCUUUAGCCAAUUUUUAACGACUAUACAUAUAGUGUAGAAAUACUCUGGUACGGAACGAAACACGAGUAAAAUAAACGACGUAUAUAUUCGUAAGAACAA